GUUCUUCUGAAGUAGGGGAUGCAAGUUGUCAGUAAGCACCCGCCAUGUUCUGCCGCAGUUUUCUAAGCUUCAAGCAGAUCUUUGCGAUACCUGGGGCGGGCUUGCUUGUCCAGCUGCUGAAGGAAGCUCAAUGCAACCACGCCCAGUGAUGGAUGCACUGGUGCAGGGAGGCGAAAUGGAUUGUGGGCCCACGUGUGUUCGUAUUUUGAUGAAGGCCGUGACCGGGACGGAUGUGGGAAAGGCCCUCUGCGAUGAGGCCUGCGAAUGCCUGCCAGGUCGAUGCGUGGAGACGCGUCAGCUUGCUUUGGCGCUGGGACGGCUUCUGUGCCCCGAACAUGUGAGAAUUAGCUUCUGUUUUCUUUUCACGGAGCCUUGGGGCUUCGACUUUUAUCAGAAGUUCAAAUCCGAGCUGGAGGAGGAUCGAAGCGAAAGCAUCCUGCGCUUCUACCGCGAGGCCAGCGACUUGGACCUGGCGGCGGAAAGCCGUUCGGUGCCGCUGGAGGAGCUGCGGAGCUUCUUUGUGGAUUCGGUGACGGAUGUGUUUGGAGACUUCUCGUGCCGUGCGGCCAUUGUGCUGCUGGAUUGGAGCCUGGUGGCCACCUUUCUGAAGUUCGGGAGAGUGUCAGAACCGCCCACAGGCUCUUACUUCGGACACUUUUGCAUUCUGAUCGAUAUCAAAGGAGAGGAGGCCGUUUUGAUCGAUCCCAGCUCCGAAGACUGGAAGACGAGAGGUGGCCGUGGCCCUGUUUUUCAGGGUGGCUCUUUGAGGAAGUUGCCCUUGAACGUCUUCGAGGCAGCACGCAGAUCCCCUGGCACGGACGAAGAUAUCGUGUUUGUGAGCUGGCAACCCGAUGCGUCGUUGAUGCGGACCUCACAAGGUUGGCACCUGCCGGACCCCUUUCUGUCUGCAUGCUAUCAGGGCAAAUCGCAAGUGGUUUCGGCUCUUCUGAAGAAACGGGCAAGCGUGGAGCCGGCAUCGGGACAACGGCUCCGCACCACGCCGUUGGCCCUGGCGGCCUGGCGGGGACAUGCUCCGCUGGUGCGCCUGCUGCUGGAGGCCGCCGCGGCCCCCGACGGCCCGGACGGCCCGCCGCACGGCGGGCCACCGCGCUCGACCGGUGCGGCCGUGUGGUUCGCCGCGGAAGCGGGACAUGCGGAGGUUCUGCGCGAGCUUCUGCAACAUCGGGCCUCCGCCAACCUUUGCGAUGCGGAUGGGCGAAGUGCUCUGUGGGCCGCAGCGAAGUAUGGCCACGCGACGGCGGUGGAGUGCCUCCUUCAAGCAGGAGCACGUGUGGAUGAGCCAUCGUCGGAAGGGACGCCGCUGGCCGUUUCUGCGGAGAGGGGUCACGUGGAAGUGGCAAGGCUCCUGCUGAAGUCGCGAGCAGCUCCUGAUGCUGCGGCCGGGUCGACGGGUGCCACGCCGGUCUUGGUGGCCGCUGAAGCUGGUCAUGUCGAUGUACUCAAAGCACUGCUCCAAGGCGGCAUCACGGAAUCCCUUUUGGCCACGCGGAACAUGAAGCACGCGACGGCUUUGCAUUUGGCGGCCGACGGAGGCCACCUGGCUGCUGCCAAGCUAUUGCUAGAGUUUGCAGCAGAGGUGGAUGCUGGGAACCUGAACCAUGCCACUCCCUUGAUGCUGGCAGCUGCAGCCGGCUUCCAGGACGUGGUCGCUUUGCUGCUGCGGUGCGGUGCAGCGGUGAACCGGCAGAACAAGGAGCCCCGAUCGUAGCUUCUUGUUACUAGCAGCAAGGCCAGGAGCCCCUAAUAGCGUCCUUGCUCCUAGUAGCGGUGCCAGGAGCCCCUAUUUGCUUCUUGUUACUAAGGAAGGUGCAACGGCCUUGACCUUUGCCAGACUGCGCAGGCAUGGAGCAGUCGAAAACGUGCUGGAGUCUAUGGGCGCAAACGAAGCUGCGGUCUGACCAUUUUUUGGUUUCCCCAGACCUGUGGGUCAGCGACCCCGGAGCCAGUCGACUACUUUGGUUUCGUUGACGAAGGUCUGAUGGCCAUCUGAGCUUGCGGACAAGACCGACGAUCUCAAGACCGUUAUAUACUGUACUUUGCGCACGUCUUUUGGAUGCUUUUCCAAACGCAGUCCCACAACAUUCCGGGUACCGUGCGCGAACCACUCCGGCAUUUUUGCAGCAACUGGAGAAGCCUGGGUCCAGAAGCUGGCGUCUGCAUGGUGGUCCAUUUUUAACUGUGUUGGAGGGAUUUUGAGAAGAACCCGAUGCCAUCUCAACAGCGUGGCGUGGCUUCACGUCGAGAGACAUGAUAAAACACGUCGUUUACUAUGUUUACUUUAUUUGUACGAACACUGGAACGCCGAGCUUCUUCACUGCUGGUGGAAGAGUCUGGCUGAAGUCUGACAUGGCGAACGGAUGUCAAACUGGCGGAGCAUGCUGUGAAGGAUUCGAGCUGCUUGAACGUGGACGUGAUUGGGAAAGCUAUGUUCCAACAAUGGUGCGUAUCUCCAAGCCUUUUGUUGGCUGAGCCUGGUUGAUUGCAUAAUGCUCACUUACAUGGCCCCCCCAGAAGAGGGCCAAACAGUCCGAACUCUUGAAUCAAGAGACAUUGGUUUCAACCCUGGAAUGGACUGACAUGUGCUUGGUGAAAGUCAAUUGCAGAUCUUUCUGUAGCAUUGAGAUUUUCUAUCCAGGCAGCUUUUCAACUCUGAGUGGGCCCGAGAAGCGACUGGAAGUGGGUCCACGUCGCGGCCAUAUAGGCGGCCGCUCGCGGCAUGCUCAUGCUGCGAAAGGAAAAAGACAUAGCUUGAAAUCACUCACCGGCCCGAGUUGGACGGGGC